AUGAGAAAAAGUGAAGUACUGAACUGGCCUUCCACAGCAAAGGUAAUUCACAUGAAUGGGAGGCUCCAGGAAUUGAGAGUGUCCAUAAAAGCUACCCACAUUCUGUCUCAACAUCCAGACUCCUUCCUUUGCAGCUCAGAGUCCAUGUACAUUGGUUCACAUCCACCUAAAAUUCCACCUGAUCAACAACUACAGCUUGGUCAUAUAUACUUUCUCAUUCCAACCUCAAGAUUACAUGUACCGCUUUCUUUACAAGAUUUGUGCUCACUGGCUGUCAGGGCUAGCACAGCAUUGCAGACAAAGAGUCUCAAAAUAGUCCCAAUGACCGGACACGGACACUUAGUGGCUAAGUCCAAGCGCAGCAGCAACCCUUUGGCUGCAUUUGAAAUUGUCGGAAAGAAAUCUUUGGUGGCUGGCUCAUGGAAGCCGGAGAAUUGA